GGAUGAAAUAAUUAAAACCACGAAAAAAUGUAAUGAACAAGUCAGAGUUAAUCGUUGUUGUAUAUUCGUUAACUCAAAACUAGGCAAAAAUUUAAAAAAAUAUUAGUUUAUAGUUUAAGUAGGGAUAAAUGUUUAGUACAGUUAGGUAAUGCAGAACAUUACUAACAGAGGUGACCAGAAUAGACUUUAGAAUGUUUAGGUACAAAUCAACUUACCAGGAAAGCUUUCUAUUAUACAGCGACAAGUUAUAUCUACAGUAAUAAAUUAUCUUUGUUUUCUAAAAUAAGGUGUUCUGCAUAUAGUAUUACAACCUAUUAAGUGUAUAUUAAUCAGUAAUCAUAAUUUACUGCGUUUUUAAAGUGUUUAAUAUUAUUGUACAUUUGUACACUUAACAGAAUUAAAAAAAAAAACAUAUAGCAGACACAAGCGAAGUAGCUACAAGGAAGUAAACCUACACACAGAAUCUAAAACAACAUUAUCUUUGAUUAACCCAAUGAUGACACUAAAACAUCUAUUGUUUGUUUUAUCUAUUGCUUCCUUUACCUGGUCAGGUAAUUCUAGACUUUAUAGGAUUGUGGAUACCUAAUAAAUGUUUAUUAUAAAGCAUGGAUAGAUAUAUAUAUAGAAAACAGGGUUAUUCAACUGCAACACCAUUGAAUGUUAAAAAUAUUGUUUUAAAUGGUAAUUACUGUUGAUAGCUGUUGCAUACAUGCAACACUAGUGUAUUGAUAUUAUCCUAAGAAUUCUUACACUGUGUGGAUAAAUAAAUUGCAUAUAUACAUAUAUAUAUAAUAUAUAAUGUACUUUAGAUAAAGCAGUGUUAAUAAACCUGCCAACACCUGGUAAUACUGCAACAAGAGCGCUUGGUAUAAGCAACCUUAAGAUAUCAACAACAAUAUCAACAACUGGUGUUUCUAGCUGUGUAUGGAGAUAUGGGGGAGAGUUCGAUGGUGGUGCAUUUUAUAUUAGUGCAUUUGUUAGAUGUUAUAACUACACUGGUGUAAAUGAAACAAUCACUUGUGUCAACAAUGCUGGUACAGUGACAUCACAACUAACAUUGUUACAACCACAAUACAUGGAUAUGAAUAUAAACAUGCAAUGUUCUCCAUCACCAAGUUAUUCAGUGAAUGUUGUUCUUAAAGACUGCACAGCAACAAACCAAGUUAAUGUGAUAUCCAGCAAGAGCGAAUAUAACUCGGUUGGCUCUAUAAACUGUCCAAGUGGAUCUGAGUUGUUUUUUAAAGUGAACGGAUCACUUGUAGUGGACAGAACAACAACCUGUAAUGCUUAUGCUGAAUGGACAAAUAUAAACAACAUGCAGUGUUCAAAAGGUCCAAGAACAAUUGCUUUUAUUGGCAACAACACUGUCAAAGCUGGUAAUAGAGCACAGUUUAAGUGUAUCUAUUCAGGGGAACUACCAAUUGCUAACUUCAGCAGAUUCUAUUUUGACCAAAAAAUAAUAGAAGUCUCAAAGUCAUCAUUGUGGAACUCAUCUUACUUCAACCAAACAACAACUAAUGUUACAAAGUCAUCAACAUGGAUAUCACCUCCAUUACAAGCAAGUGACAACAACAAAGUAGUUGAAUGUCAAGCUGUCAAUCAAUACACAAACUACUUCAAGCAAAGUCACAGAGCAAAUAUUACACUCAAUGUUACUUAUCCACCUGAAACAAGAAACACAAGUAUUAUAUGUCAUUGGGCUAUUGGUAAUCCAGAAGAAUGUAUUGUAGAGUUCACUUCAAAUCCUAAAGCAGAUUCUUUUAUACUUAAAAUGGGAAAUGUUGUUAUUACAAGUGGGGUCUCUUUAACUGCACAGCAACAUAAAACACAGAAGUUCAUAUAUCGGAAAACAAAAGUUUCUGAAACAGACUUUGGAAUCUACCAACUUACCCUAACUUCAAACAUAUUCCCACACAAUGCUUUCGUAAUGAACAUUACUAUUGCUUCUCUAUAUACCAAAGCAGAAGAGAUUGACCCAGGUUAUGUAACAAUCAUUAUUGCUUUAGGUUCAAUCACUGCAGUGAUUAUCAUAUCGUUGGCUCUUGUUUAUUAUCGGAAGAAAACCAGAACUGCAAAAGUUACAGAAUCAACAUCUGCACCAUAUAGAAUUUAUGCAACAAUCGCUGAGGAACAUAGGAAUACUGUUACCACCAAUGGUAUUACACAUGUUUACGAAACGACACCAGCAUCUCUCUAUACCUUUGCUGAAACAAGCGAUAAAACUCAAACAAGCUUAGAAAGCAGCAACAAGAAUAACAAAGACAGUCAAGAUUAUGAAAUCCCAAUUCGAAGAGCAAGUCUUGAUGGAAGAAUUGAGAACAAAGAUAAUGCUGGUUAUGAAAUCCCAAUUCGAAGUGCAAGUACUGACGGAAGAAUUCAGGUAUAUAUAUAUAAAGAGUUAUGUUACUGUUUUGUUGUAGCUUUCUAUGCUAAUAUACAUAUAAACAGAACAAAGAUAACGCUGGUUACGAAAUCCCAAUUCGAAGUGCAAGUACUGACGGAAGAAUUGAGAACAAAGAUAACGCUGGUUACGAAAUCCCAAUUCGAAGUGCAAGUACUGAUCAUUGCGGAUAUGAGAUACCUAUACAAAGAAUUAAGCCUGACAACGAUGGAUAUGAACUCCCAAUUUCACCAAAACAGAACAAACCUGGCACAAGUGGAUAUACAACAAUGCAUAGAGCCUAUGAAGUUAUUCGAUUAUCCUACAAGAAGAAUCUACGUUUUAGUAGAAAACAACCAUAAAAUAUUAAAAAAUGAAAGUGACCAGAUCUCUUGUAAAUCACUGUAAAAGAUUUCUUGUAAAUUUUACUGUUUUAUAAAACCGCAGCUUGCUGGGUAUUCAAAAUUAACAACUUAACUACAAUCUGUAGACGGCGUAUACGCACAAA